ACCCCCAUGUUUUCACGAUCAGUCUUUUGUGAGCAUCUUCGUCUCAGAGUUCUCUUAGUUUGUCACAGUAUUAGUUUUCCCAGUUUAGUUAUAGUUCAGCCACGCUAUCCCUGCUGUGUUUGUAUUCCUGGUCUUCAGUCAUAUUAAAGGCUCGCUUUCUGUUAAACUCACUCCCGUCUACUCACUUGUGUACGCUCCUGGGUCCAUUACACACACCACCGCACGGCCUGCCUCUGCAGACCGUGACAGACAGUCCUGUUUUAUCCUUUAACCAGCCACGACCUGCCCAUAAGUACACCUCUCCACUCACAACAAUAUUACAUGGGACAAAUGCAUCCGAUCCUGUACAGGCAGCACAACCCAUCAUAAUGACUAAGGCAAGAUGUGCAUAUUGCUGCUCACCUGAACACCACAUUAGCAAGUGCCCUGAGUUCAUUAACAAGACAAAGGAUGAGAAAAUAAACUGGAUAAAGAGAAACAAACGGUGUUGGCGUUGUGCUAGAACUCAUCAGGCUGCGAAGUGUGAUCUGAGGAAAGCAUGUGCCACCUGCAUGGAAAGACAUCUACAGAUCCUAUGUGAGGUGAAUCAGAGACCUAGAACUGAAACUAAUCCUGUAGUGAGGACACUGUACUUUGAUAGACCUAGCGAUUGUCCUAGUGUACUAUUAAAGGUUGUGAAAGUGCUCCUGCGUAAUGGCAAAAGAACCCUGGAAACAUAUGCAAUACUUGAUGAUGGCUCCCAACGUACCAUGCUUCUGACAUCUGCAGCUAAGCAUCUCCACCUAACUGGGAAAGCUGAAAAAUUAUCACUCAGAACUGUCCAUCAAGAAGUUGAAACUAUUCAAGGUUCUUGUGUAAGUUUCCAGAUUUCUCCCAUCGCACAUCCAGAGAAAACUUACACAAUUAAUAAUGCCUUCGCUACAAGUCACUUAGCACUUUCAGACCACACCUACCCCGUAUCCUCUCUUCAACGGAGAUACAAGCAUCUUCAAGGUAUCCCAUUAACCUUUAUUAACAAAGCAGCUCCACUACUGCUCAUAGGCUCUGAUCAUACCCACCUUAUUACGCCUAUUGCACCAGUUAGACAUGGACCAUUUGGAUCUCCUGCAGCAGUCAAAACCCGCUUAGGAUGGACACUCCAAGGUCCAAUCACAGACUUCCAACCCCAGAGCAGUUCCACGCAUGCCCAAUGUUUAUUCACAUCUUCCAGUUCAGGUUCAGGAGAACCGCUCCAGCACAUCCUUGUGUCCGCUGAUGGCUCUGAAUUCAUUCAGCCACCUCAUACUCUACCAUCAGCAGUACCUAUGUCGUCACCGGCAGUGCCACUAUCACCAGUUCCACCGCCUGUGGCUGCCAUUCCGCCAGUGGUCAGGGCGCUGCCUGCUCCUGCAUCACCUGGUCCUGCCUCUGCCAAGCCCCGUACAUUGCCCCCAGCACCUGCAAAACUGCCCAACGGUCUGCAGGUCUGGGCCUGCUGCUGCAUCCCACGUGGUUGGCAUUUGGACCUGCUUUGCCGCCACCGCUGGCUACAUGGUCGGCCCCCUGAACUGUCUGGCCUGCAUUGUCGACCUCUAGGUCGACCCCCUGAACCUAUAUUAGACCUGUAGCAUGUCUGAUUCCUCUGCCCCCGCUUUGUGAAAAAGAGCAUCUCUAAUCCUUUGAACAUAUUUCUCAGUAGAAAUAUGGGGGCGGCUGUUGUAAAGGCUCACCUUUCAGCACAUUCACUUCACCAGAUGCACCUUGUUUCUUUUCCUCACCUUUGAUUGGGUGUGGUGCUUGGCCUUAAUUGCACUCACCUGUCACUCGUUAUAUAAGGACUGCACUCACCUACCCCUCACUCUUUCUUCACUCCCACAUGGGGCGGCAGCUGAGGUGAGUUUCUCUUUGAGUCUCCUGAGUUCAUGUAUCAUUUUGAGUUACUUAAAUCAUACUUUAUGUCCUUUUUAGAGAGAGCAGUCCAUGUGUGUCUUUCUUUCCUUUACCCAUUAUUCAAUAAAACGACAAAACCUGUAAAUGAUUGACUGCUUAUUCUCAUUCUAAUCGGAUGAGCCCAUGAUGAUGACUACUUAAACCCUGAACCUUCCUUCCUCCAAAACAAAAGCUUUUAAAAAAAAACCCUCAUAAAUGAAUUGUCUUUGUGUAUAGUACCUGGGUAGGUUUGAUGAGUGACAAUAGGUGGACAAAAGAGGGCUAAGGUUAUGGACCCCACAAGAACCAGGGAAACUUGGAGUCAGCUUCUCAUGUUGCAAACAUUUUUUUUUAAUCAUCCCCAUAUUUUUGUCAUCUUUUUCAACAUACUUUUCAUGUUAUUGUUCUCCUUGGUUGCUAUUUUGUUAAGCAUAAUUAUGCACUUGAAAUGAUCAUAAACUACCUACUACAGACACUUAUGCCUGUAGAAUAACAAUAACAUCAUGUGAUUAAUGACACAGCAGCAUCAGUUUGAUGACAUUCUGUCUGUUGCUGUCAAAAUGCAUUUUGGUCUUUUAGAUUUUUAGCCUUAAUACAGUUUAAAUUAGAUGAGACACAUAAAAGUUCAUAAAGCUAUAAUGAGGA